AUAUUAGUCGGAUGACAAAAAAUGAGCUGACUCCAAACUCCGCGAACAGGCGACAUCUGUCCUAUCACACUCACGCUUCACAUCCUUCUGGGCCUAAAGUUUCUGCAAAACUCCAAGAGCUUCAACUCCACGCUUCAUCAAGCAAGAAGAAGAAGUAACUCUGCUCCAGAGAGAUUUCAGCCAUGGCUGAUCGUUUCUUUCCCAACGAAAUACCGCCUGAAACAUCACUUACACCACAACAGGACUCUCUCUCCAACCUCCUCUCUCUUCCCUUCACAACUCUUUCAGAUAAACUCAAAACUUCAGCUUUCCAUCUCAAACAAACCAUUGUUAAUGAGAUGUGGGGACCGAGUGGAAAGCGUGUGAAAGAUUACAGCUUGUACACGGGUGCUCUUGGCACUGCUUAUUUGCUGUUUAAAGUUUAUCAAGUUACCAAGAGUGAGAAUGAUCUUAAAUUGUGCUCUGACAUUGUUAAGGCUUGUGAUUCUGCUUCUAAAGAUUCCGGGCGUGUGACAUUCAUAUGUGGGCGGGCUGGUGUUUGUUCUCUUGGUGCUGUGGUGGCAAAGUAUGCUGGUGAUGAGCGGCUACUUGAGCACUACAUAACACAGUUGAAAGAGCAGAUCAAGCUUCCUAGUGAUUUGCCUAACGAGUUAUUAUAUGGGAGAGUGGGGUUCUUAUGGGCCUGUUCUUUCUUAAACAAGCAUAUUGGUAAAGACACGAUAUCUACUGCCCGUAUGAGAGCAGUUGUUGAUGAAAUUAUCAAGGCUGGGAGAAGAUUGGCUAAUAAGGGAAGAUGUCCAUUGAUGUAUGAAUGGCAUGGGAAGAAGUACUGGGGCGCUGCCCAUGGCCUGGCAGGGAUUAUGCACGUUUUGAUUGACAUGGAAUUGAAACCUGAUGAAGUGGAGGAUGUCAGGAAUACGCUUCGCUACAUGAUAAAGAAUCGUUUCUCCAGUGGCAAUUAUCCUUCAAGUGAAGGAAAUGAAUCAGACCGUCUUGUGCAUUGGUGCCAUGGUGCUCCUGGGGUCACUCUUACCCUUGUGAAAGCCGCUCAGGUUUUUGGAGACAAAGAAUUUGUGCAAGCAGCUGUGGAUGCAGGGGAGGUCGUAUGGCAACGGGGUAUGCUUAAACGAGUUGGCAUCUGCCAUGGUAUCAGUGGAAACACCUAUGUUUUUCUGGCACUCUACCGAUUGACUGGCAAUUCUGAGUACUUGUACAGGGCCAAAGCAUUUGCUUGCUUUCUAUUUGAUAGAGCACAAAAAUUGAUUUCAGAAGGGAAAAUGCAUGGAGGUGAUCGCCCCUAUUCACAGUUUGAGGGUAUCGGAGGAAUGGCUUAUCUUUUUCUGGAUAUGGUUGAACCGUCCACAGCUAGGUUCCCAGCUUAUGAACUCUAAUUUGCUUUCUGGGAAAUUGGUGGUGAAGACAUGUACAAAAAUACCUGUUGUAUACUAAUUUUUUUUUUUUUUUUUUUUUUUUUUUUCCGUUAUCUGGUGGAACAUAACUAGUGUACUAAACCUCGAGUAAAAUUCAUAAAUACUCAAUAACUUGCAUUGACA